GACAAAACAAAAAGGCAACAAAAACACUUGUGUUCUCCCAGCUAAAAUGUGAGAUUUUAGCGUGCAGCAACCAGAAGUGAACAAGCUGACCCGGAAGCUGUGCUAUCUAGAGGUGCAUAGAGAGAACGUCCAGGCUCUUCACUGCUUUAUUAAAGCUUCUCCAGCGAGGAAAAAAGGAUGGCAGAGCCUCGAUUCAAUAAUCCAUAUUUCUGGCCACCACCCCCCUCUAUGCCUUCUCAACUUGAUAACCUGAUGCUUAUCGACAAGAUCAAAGAGCAGCUGAUGGCGGAAAAGAUCAGACCUCCGCAUUUGCCACCCACCACUGUCCCCUCUCAGCAGACUCUGCUGCUGGCCUCAGCGCCAUCAGAUGGCGGGCAACAUGUGAUGUCCAUCCCCAAAAUGCAGCAGGUGCCGGGUCUUCAGGCUCACAACUCCUCUCAGCCUGACAUCGCCUUGCAUGCUCGCCCAGCAUCCAGCACCAUUUCAGAGCUGAACAUAGAUGACAAGUCUACAGUGAAGGCAAAGGGAUUAUGGGAAGACUGGCAUAUGCGACAAGCAGUGGACCAAGCCAACAGAGUGAACCAUCGCUCAGGUCUUAUGCUGUCAUCCCGCACAGACAGCCACAACACCUCUGAAGCGAUAACGCCCACCACCCCAACAUCCAGCAGUCAGAAUCGCUUGGGUGGAGCACCUUCCUUAAACACAAUUUCUGGCCUGGCCAGUGGUCCUGGUAUGGAGCAGCUUAAAAGUGGAGGCUUGGUGGGGAUGCUGGGACCUCAGCCUAAAGCUCCACGAGGCCGCAAGAAGAUUAAAGCAGAAAACAACACGGGCCCCCUUCUGGUGCUGCCCUACCCCCUUCUGGCCUCAGGCCCUGACCAGGCAGUUACCAUCGCCAAAGAGGGAAAAACAUACAGGUGUAAAGUGUGUCCGCUUACUUUCUUCAACAAGUCAGAGAUGCAGAUUCAUUCCAAGUCCCACACGGAGGCCAAACCCCAUAUGUGCCCUCACUGUUCCAAGUCCUUUGCCAAUGCCUCGUACCUAGCACAGCACUUACGUAUUCACUUAGGCAUCAAGCCUUACCACUGCUCCUAUUGUGAGAACUCCUUCCGCCAGUUAUCACACCUCCAACAGCAUACCAGGAUUCAUACUGGUGACAGACCAUAUAAAUGUGCCCAUCCUGGAUGUGAAAAGGCAUUCACACAACUCUCAAACCUACAGUCUCACCAGAGGCAACAUAACAAAGACAAGCCAUAUAAAUGUCCAAACUGCUAUCGGGCUUACAUGGACUCAGCCUCCUUACAGAUCCAUCUCUCUGCACAUGCCAUCAAAAACGCUAAAUCUUACUGUUGCAGCAUGUGCGGUCGCGCAUACACCUCAGAGACAUACCUUAUGAAGCACAUGUCCAAACACACCGUGGUUGAACAUCUUGUCAGUCACCAUUCCCCACAGAGAACAGAAUCUCCGAGCAUCCCUAUACGUAUUUCACUUAUUUGAGCUUCCUCCUGCUUGUUUUUCUUCCAUUUAAAAGGUAUUUUGUGCACCGUGCUGGUCUUCCAUUGAAAAUAAAGGAAGAAAGUUGGUGCCCAGCUCCGUAGACCUUGGAGGACAUUCGAGUCUGUCAUUGUCUUUGCCCCUUUAGCUGUUUAGUGAAACUAAGCAUUCAGGCCACAGACUUGGCAACUGCUGUCUGAAUUGAAUUGUCCAUGGCAACAAGAACAGACAGCAGUCUAAGGAUUUGACUGAGUAUUUCAAAACAGGAGCUUCAUUUUGAUCAUUUUAAUAUUUUGUUUCAAAGGUGUGUAAGGGAGACUUCCAAAAAUAACCUUAAAGCACUUUUUCCGCCUCGUUGUUUUGUCUCAAAGUAGAAUGAAUCUUCUCAGAAUGGGGGCAAAUUUCUCGCUUUUGGCAGCUAUGAGAUUUCUACCUUUGUUUUAGAAAGUAAGAUGGCUGUUUGUUGGUUUCUGUCUUCACUUUGCCUCCUUGUCAUUUUUAUUAUUAUUUUUUUUUUUACAGGGUAGUGCGUUUUAUUUUUCUGUGGAUGUGACACUUCUUCCCCUUUAAGCUUCUUUUAUGAGGAAUAUGAGGUCAUAGUUGAAAAUUUAAAGGAUUGUUACAUUCUUGUGUGCCACGAUGUGGCAUCUGUUAUUUGGAAAGGUCAAUUUUCAAACUGAACUUGUGGCUAGGAUUUAAAAGUGUCAAUAAGACUCACUCUCUAAAAUAUGUAGUUGUGUUAAUUACAUCAUAUUUGUUUUACUUAAGUUUUUUGUGGCAAGGCCUUUAUUGUGCAAUGCCAUGGAAAUCUAGAUUAUGCCUCCCUUCCAAUCACAGUAUUAGAGGAAAAAGUGUCCUUUUUGUCAUUGAUUUAUUUAAAUGGCAUGGCAACGGCAAUCAUUGCAGCAUGACAAUGCCCAUUGAAUGUGGUUAUGUCAUGACGUAGCAGAAGAAGUGUUACAUGGGAUAAGUGUCAUUGAAUCAUACAUGUUCAGAGUGUAACAUGUGCCCUCUAAAGUCUACCAAGUGUUAAUUACAACUAUUCCUCCCCUGAGAUGAGCAAUGCAAAAGCACCUUGAGACCAUUAACUCACACCUUUGGAUAGCUAAAAGUGUACAUGGGUUUUUUAAGAUUAUGACCAAAUAGCACUUGCCUUAUUUGUGGUUGAAUUGUUUUAACUUGUAGGGUUAGAAAACAUAGAAUUUGUAACACCAAAACAGGUGUGUUUGAAGAACAGAAUAAAGUGGAGCCUAAUCUUAAAAUGUCACAAUCAAAAAAUGUGUAAAUUUAGUCACAUUUGAAUGUAGUCAAGUUCUUUUCCAACAGUGUAUUUUCUGUUUCAGCUCAUCCAAAAGAAUUAAUUCUGUAAAUCCAGUAUGCUUAACAGCUGUUUUGUUUAUACAUGUUAUAACGAGCAUAAUCAGCACAUAAGCUGAUUAAUCAGAUUUUUUUAAAUAAUGGACAGCAAUUCAAAAUGCUCCCUGAAUCGAAGCACAUGGUCUAUUGAAAUGUCAUCAUACACGCAAUGUGAUCAUUGCAGUUGAUUUGUUUUAUGUGGUCAACAGGCCACAACACUGUUGCUCUAGAACAUUAAUUUACUUUUGUGUUCAUGUAUACCAGUCAUUUGUUAAGCUUAUUGUGAUCUAUUCAUGUAUACAUAAGAACUUUUUUGUUUUUGUUUGCAAAGGACCAAUUGUUCCUCUCAAAUAUUCUCAAAAUCCCUAAAAUAUAUAUAACUUCCGAUUUUAUUUAUAUAUGUUGGUAAUUUAUUCCAUAAUAAAUGGUUUACCUGGUCAAACAGGAUUUUUUGUUUUGUUUUUAAGUUAACGUGGAAAUGGAAAUGUAAUCAGUAUCACAAUUUUAGAUAACAGCAAGUUGAUGAGGAUCUAUUUCUUGGUGUUUUUUUUAAAGAGGACUACAAAACCUCAGCUCUUGUCUGUUACUGCAAGGUUGCCAGGAAUAGAUUAUUGUAUUACAGUAUAAUCAACUCAAGUUCUCCCUAAAUCAAUAAGACGUGUACAUUUACUAUAAAAUAUUCCUGUAUUCAUUAAUAGUGCAAAGGUUUUAGAAACUGUACUGUGUUCAUUUUUGUAUCAGUAUAUUUCAACGUAUUAAAAUAAUGUUUUCUGUAAGUACUGAUCAUUGUUUUUAUAGACAUCCUUGUCAAUUUAAUGUCUACGCCUUAAUUUUGAUCAUCAUUGAAAGAGGUUUCUUUCUCUUUUUUCCCCUCAAUGUCAGUGUUUUUCAGUAUUCAGUUUUCUUAAGCCUUUUUUCCACAUGGAACCCAGUAAUCUUUAUUAAUUAACUUUGAACAUGUAUUACGUAAAACAUUGUUAAAUAUGUCCUGAAAUAAUUCAAGUUUUCCUUUAUCUUGCUUUGUCGUUCCAUAUAAAGUUUUUGUUUAAUAAGCACAGACAAGACUGAUAGAUGAAUUAAGAAAAUAUCAAUGUCAAGAACACUUUGUAUCUCUAUCUUUUUCAUUAAAUUCAGACUGUUA